CUUCUCACUAAUUCCUAGCUUCAUUAGCUCUUCUGGUUCAACCUGCUGUCGUGAGGGACCAGAACCGAGAAAAGUCCAAAUGGAGCCAAAGAAGAAGCUGAUAAACGCGGCCGACAGCUGCGUGGACGAGGCUCUCUGCGGCCUCGCGAGGGCCAACGUGGGCCUCUCUCUGCUCAAGGGCCACCGGGUUGUGCUCCGGUCCGACCUGGACAAGCUGAAGGGCAAAGUGGCCCUGCUGUCUGGAGGGGGGUCUGGACAUGAGCCAGCUCAUGGAGGUUAUGUCGGGGCAGGUAUGCUGUCAGCAGCUGUCGCAGGUGGAGUGUUUGCAUCGCCGCCUCCUGCCAGCAUCCUGGCUGCCAUCCUCGCCUUGCACAAUGCAGGAGCCUCCGGAGUGCUUGUCAUCGUGAAGAACUACACCGGUGACCGCCUCAACUUUGGAUUGGCUGCAGAGCAGGCCCGUAACCACGGCGUCGUUGUUGACAUGGUGAUAGUGGCAGAGGACUGCGCCUUCGACCAACCCAGUAAGGCCGGUAGGAGGGGCCUGUGUGGCACCGUCUUCAUACACAAGCUGGCAGGGGCCUUGGCAGAAGAAGGCCGCCCGUUGGACCAGAUCUUUUCUAAGGUGACCGAGGUGCUGAAGGGGAUCGGCACGCUGGGGGUGAGUCUGUCUCCCUGCAGCGUCCCAGGCUGCCUGCCUUCUUUUGAGCUGCCGCCAGGAGACAUGGAGCUGGGACUGGGAAUCCAUGGUGAACCUGGAAUCAAAAGGUCAAAGGUGGCGUCUGCAGACGAGGUGGUAAAGACCAUGAUCGAUCACAUGACCAACCCUGACAGCCAAUCACAUCUGCCUGUGAAGUCAGGAGACAAUGUGGUCGUGUGCGUGAACAACCUGGGAGCGCUGUCGUGUCUGGAGAUGGCAGUGGUUACUAGAGCAGCCAUUGUGUGUCUGGAGGGUCGCGGUGUUGUGGUUGCCAGGGUGAUGUCCGGGUCAUUCAUGACAUCACUGGAGAUGGCGGGAGUGUCACUGAGUCUGAUGAAGGCCGACCAGGAAACACUGAGACUGUUUGAUGCGAAGACCAGCGCCCCCGCCUGGCCAAACCUCAGUAGCGUGUGUGUUAGCGGACGCGGCUACGUGACGGAUCCUCGAGCGACAAGCACGCGGCCUCAAGACGAACAGCACUCUGAGGGCCCUCUGAGUCCUGUGAUGCGUAAAGCGUUGGAGAGAAUUUGCUCCACUCUGUUGGAAAAGCAGGAGGAACUGAACUCCCUGGACCGUGCAGCCGGGGACGGAGACUGUGGGAACACUCACGCACAGGCCGCUCGAACCAUUCAGGGGUGGCUGAAGGAUCACGUGGUCCCUGGUUGCCCCGGGAAACUGCUGUCAGCCCUCGCCGGAUUGGUGCAGGAGAAGAUGGGCGGGUCUUCAGGAGCGUUGUAUAGUUUGUUCCUGACUGCAGCAGCUGGUCAUGUGACGGAGGGGCGGAGCAACGCUGCCGCGUGGGCGAGUGCGAUGCAUGCUGGGACACAAGCCAUGAAGAGAUACGGAGGUGCUGAGCCUGGAGACAGAACGAUGUUGGAUGCUUUGUGUCCUGCAGUGGAUGAGCUGAUGAAGCUAACCACAGCUCCACCUGGUGGAGAGCUGGCUGUUCUACAGGCUGCUGUUCAGAAAGCAGCACUGGGGGCAGAGUCGACCCGUCACCUCACAGCAAAGGCGGGGCGAGCCAGCUACAUCGCAGCCGAGCGGGUCACCCUGCCCGACCCCGGCGCCAUGGCUGUGGCCGCCAUCUUUAGAGCCGUGCUGGAGUCCCUGGAGGGGCAGAAGUGAUCCGGCAGACAUUACAACUAUCACCAGCCUAAUGACCAGAGCGACACGAGUCUGAGAAGCACAAGUGUUAGCAAGCGGCUGCAGCUGCCAAGGAGUACUUGAUGAACACAUUUAAACAUGAUCCCUUGUAGGAAAUGAAGAGAAACUGUGAAAUUCGGGGCCUAAAGGAAAGCAAAUCUAUCUAAAAUCUGAUGAUGUGCUUUUGAAGAAUACACAAGAUGAAAGAUGAAAAGAAAAUGUUGAAAAACAAGAACGAAAACAUUGUUAUGAUCCUUUAAAGUUGAUUAACAAGCUCAAAGAUACUGUGAAAGUUUAUUGAUCUGAAUGAUUAUGUAGUUUUACUUGUUGUAGCUCUGCUUCAAUCACGAUAUGAACAUUCCUCAUUACUACUAACAAACUAGAGAAUAAAAACAGACUCAAAGAUACUAAUCACUAGAUUUUCACAGGUAAUACUGUGUGAUAUACAGGUGACACUACAUGGCACAACACAUUUCCAGUGGGUUUUCUAAUUAAAGGAGUACUCCGACUAUCAGAAUCAAACUGGGAAAUUUCUUAAACUGGGACAUUUUUCAGCAUCUUAGCAUCUUAUUUGGCGUCCUGCGAAAUAAAAAUGGUCAAAAUUGAAACAGCAGAGGCUAAAAUAUCCU